AAGGAUUCUGAAAGAAACAGCGAGAGAUAAGCUUGGCCCUGGGAAGACUCAAGAGAAGUAUUAAAGGAGCAUCGUGAUCUAUAUCUCAAGAUGACUCCAGUGGACUCUACUCUGCCUGAAAACUCAGUCAUGAAUGAGAACUCCCUGGAGUUGGUGCAGCAGUGCCUGAGCCAGUUCGAUGUGACGGAGGAGCAGUUGCAGCAGAUCCAGGCUGGCAUCCUGCGGGACAUGGAGCGGGCCUUGGGCAGGCAGGCAGGCUCUUCCCCCUCUGUCCAGAUGCUGCCCACCUAUGUUCGAUCCACUCCUCGUGGCACUGAGCAGGGCGAUUUCCUGGUGCUGGAGCUAGGGGCCUCGGGAGCCACUUUGCGGGUGCUAUGGGUGACACUCACAGGCAUCUCUGGCCCAAGAAAAGAACCAGUAAGCCAGGAGUUCACCAUCCCCACCGAAAUCACUCUUGGCACUGGACAACAGCUCUUCGACUUUGCUGCUGGCUGCUUGGUGCAGUUCCUGGACCAGCUGCAGGUGGGGUCCCAACCCAUCCAGUUGGGCUUCAACUUUUCCUUCCCCUGUCAUCAAACAGGCCUCAACCAGAGCACCCUUAUUUCCUGGACCAAGGGCUUCAGGUGCAGUGGCGUGGAAGGCCAGGAUGUGGUGCAACUGCUGAGACAGGCCAUCCAGAGGCAGGGGGCCUAUAGCAUCGAGGUGGUUGCUGUAGUGAACGACACGGUGGGCACCAUGAUGAGCUGCGACCCUUCGCCCCAGGCAUGUGAGGUCGGACUUGUUGUAGACACGGGUACCAACGCCUGCUACAUGGAGGAGGUCCGGCACGUGGCGGAACUGAGGGAGGACUGGGGCCGCAUCUGUGUGAACGUCCAGUGGGGCUCCUUUGGAGAUGGUGGGGCUCUGGAGCCUGUGCAGACGCCCUUUGACCUCCAGCUGGACCAGGAAUCCUUGAACCCCGGGACUCAAAGGUUUGAGAAGAUGGUUGGGGGUCUGUACAUGGGAGAGCUCGUUCGCUUGGUGCUGAUACACUUGGCUGGCCAGGGGGCCCUUUUUGGGGGCGUCCCCUCCCCUGCCCUGCUAACCCAUGGGUCUGUGCAUGUGCAGCAUGUGAUGGAGAUAGAGGACCCUUCUCACGGCAGGGCUCGGGCCCAAGCAGUGCUGCAGGGGCUGGGCCUGCACCCCAGUGCCCAGGAUUGUGCGCAGGUGCAGCGGGUGUGUGGAGCUGUGUCGUCCCGGGCCGCCCGCCUCUGUGCUGCUGCCCUGGCGGCCGUCCUGGCCCGAGUGAGGAGCAACCCGGAGAGAUCCCCGCUGGGCGUCUCUGUGGCUACGGGCGGCCGCGUUUACGAGCAGCAUCCCCGGUUCAGCGCCCUCCUCCAGCAGACCGUGAGGCUCCUGGCUCCGGACGCCGACGUCACCUUCGUCCCCUCGGAGGACGGUGGGGGCCGGGGGGUGGCUGUGGUGACCGCCGUGGCCUCUCGCCUGGCCCUACAGCGGCGGCAGCUGGAGGAGACCCUGGCGCCCUUCCGGCUCCACAGCCAGCAGCUGAAGAUGGUGCAGGCGCAAAUGCGGGAGUCCAUGGCGCGGGGGCUCCGGGAAGAGGGCUCCUCCGUCCGCAUGCUGCCCACCUAUGUCUGUGCUCUGCCUGAUGGCACAGAAAGAGGAGACUUUCUGGCUCUGGACCUUGGGGGCACUAACUUCCGGGUACUCUGGGUGAAAGUGGGCAGUAGGAGUGAGGGAGGAGUCAAGAUCAUCAACCGGGUCUUCUCCCUUCCAGAGAGUGUGACCCAGGGGACUGGGCAGCAGCUCUUUGACCACAUUGUAGACUGCAUAGUGGACUUCCAGAAGGAGAAUAAUCUGAGUGGGCAGACUCUGCCCUUGGGUUUCACCUUCUCCUUCCCCUGCAAACAGCUUGACCUGGAUCAGGGUAUCCUCUUGAACUGGACUAAGGGCUUUAAAGCGUCAGGCUGUGAGGGCCAGGAUGUCGUGUCCCUGCUUCGAGCUGCCAUCAGACGCAGACAGGGAGUGGAGCUGAAUGUGGUGGCCAUUGUCAAUGACACAGUGGGGACCAUGAUGUCCUGUGGCUAUGAGGACCCCCACUGUGAGGUCGGCCUCAUUGUAGGAACUGGGACCAACGCUUGUUACAUGGAGGAGCUGGGCAACGUGUCUGCCGUGCCUGGGGACAAGGGCCGCAUGUGCAUCAACAUGGAGUGGGGAGCCUUUGGGGAUGACGGCUUAGCGCUCCAAGAAUUCUAUACCCCCUUUGACAUUAGUGUGGACCAAGCCUCCAUCAACCCUGGCAAGCAGAGGUACGAAAAGCUGAUAAGUGGCAUGUAUCUGGGUGAGAUAGUCCGCCAGGUCCUCUUGCACCUGACCCGCCUCGGGGUCCUGUUCGGCGGCCAGGUGUUCCAGAGUCUUCAGACUAAGGAUCUCAUCAAGACCAAGUUCCUGUCUGAGAUCGAAAGUGAUCUAGAGAGGUGGCAGGUGCGGGCUAUCUUAGAGAAGCUGGAUCUGUCGGCCAACUGCGAUGACGCGCUGCUGGUCCGGGAGGUGUGUCAGGCGGUGUCCCAGCGGGCAGCUAAGCUCUGUGGGGCCGGAGUGGCCGCUGUGGUGGAGAAGAUCCGAGAGAACCGCGGCCUGGACCAGCUGAGGGUGACUGUGGGUGUGGACGGCACCCUCUACAAGCUACACCCCCACUUCUCAGAGCAGGUGAAGGAUACCGUGCGACAGCUGGCCCCCCAGUGCUCCGUCAGGUUCCUGCUGUCGGAGGACGGCUCCGGGAAAGGGGCCGCCCUGGUCACCGCCGUAGCCUGCCGUCUGGCUGGAGCCACUCAGUCAUGAGAGGCUCUCCCCUCUGCUGCCGGGGCUGGCUCUGGGAUGCGAGGCUCUCUGGGUCACACGGGCCGCCCGCCUCUGCUUCCCUCCCCACUGUCCCGAGGGCCGCAGCAGGUGGAUGGGGCUCCCCGUGUCCUCCCCAUCCUCUCCACUGCCACCAGGGGGUCCCUGCCCCCACAGAAGAGAGACCAUUUAGCAAUAUAUAUAUCAUUUAUUUACAUUA